AUUAUCGGACAUUCUGAUUGGAGAGUACAUUCCCCUUUCUUUCAGGCUGUGUUUUUGCUAACAAUAUUUUUACCGACGUCUGUUGUCCAUCAGAAAUUUGUAGUUUUGUUGAAGUUUCUUCGUCAUUUCCUAAUGAAAACUAUAUGCAGUUCUAAUAUCCAUGCUGACUGAAGUUUUAGCUAGAAUGUAAAGAAACAAGUGUAUAUCAGUUUGGUGCUAGCCAUCAUCAUAUCAGUUAUGGCUGAACCUGGAAAGUUGACAAGUAAGCCCAGCCAUCCACACUACCAAGACAGGUGUCCUCCCCCACUAGACCUCUCAGAGCAGCUAACAUCAUUUAAUAAAGCAAAUCUUCGCAAAACAGAUACAGUUGUGACUUUGCCAGAUGGCCGACAAGUGGUGGAAGGAAAAGAUGAAAAGGGUCAAACCAUUACAAAGUCAGUAAGCUUUGGUAACUUAGGAUAUGUUGGAGAUCUUCAAGAAGAUCUUCAAGUUGGAGAGGUUCUUCCAGGCUUAAUAAUGGGAUCUCAGGAUGUUGCACACAAUCUGGAACUUUUGGAGAAGUAUAAAGUGACACAUAUCUUGAAUGUAGCAUCUCAUGUGAACAACAUCUACCCAGACAAGUUCACGUAUUUGUCUUUAGAUUUGCGUGACCUUCCAGAUUUUCCUAUAUUCUGUGCUUUCCCUAAAGCAUUUGAUUUCAUUGAUAGUGCUAUUGAAUCUGGUGGGUGUGUGCUGGUGCAUUGCAAUGCUGGCAUAUCACGUUCUGCAACUAUUGUUCUUGCUUAUUUGAUAAAGAAAAAGCGUAUGCCUCUUAAUGAUGCCUUUUCUUACCUUCGCUCUAAGCGUCCAUCUUCAUUUCCAAACCCUGGUUUUAUGAUCCAGCUGAAAACAUUUGAAGAAAGUUUGGCAAAAGAGUCAGGUUGAGAUGCAUUUAAAUUCAUAAGUUUUUUUAGAAGGAAACAUUUACUAUUUUUUUUAAACAGUAACUGAUUUUAAAAUAAUUCAUGUUUGGGGAUGAUAUAUAUAUAUCAUCAUUUGGGGAUGAUAUAUAUAUAUCAUCAGUCUCAUAGAAUCAAAGUUUAGGAUGUAAACAGUCUGUAAAUUGUAUAAAAUCACAUUUCUCAAAAACUUUGCAUAAAGAUCCUUCCUCACUGCUUGGUGAACACUGCUGAAGGAUUCUAAACAAGUGAUAUGUCACACACGAAUUGAUAUCUUGAGAGAUGCUGUGCUAGUUUCUACACAGUAAAUAGCUGAAGGAAUUGAGAGACAUGGAAGAAUAUAUAAAUAGAAAUAUGUUUUUGGACUAUUUUUUUUUUAUAUGCUGAACAAAAAAUCUACAGAAUAGAGAUCCAUCUCUCCUUAUAGAGAGGUCUUCAAGAAUAGAGUGAAAACAUUUAUUACUCACAUUCAAACGGUGAGGCUCUGUGACUUCAAAGAGCUUUUGUUGUCCAUUGUAUUUUUACCUUCUUUGUUUCUGACUCAUCAAACAACUUUUUGGUUAAUAAAAUUUUCCAGGUUUUCCAUUUCAUCUCCACAGCCUCAUUAGUAAGUAUUUAUAAGAGAUAUAUUCAAAGUGUAAGCAUUAAACUGUAAAUUCUUAACCCAUACAGUUCCUGAACAGCAGGAUUUAGGAGUCUGAUCAAAUACAAGUACAUUAAAAGUCAAUGUGUUUCGUGCAUAGCUUUUUAUAAGAAUAUAAAUUUGAGUCAGUACUUGCCAUGCUAUAUUCCCCAUAAAGAGAAUAGAAAGUCUUGGAAAAAACCAUAAGCAUCUUUGUGAAAAGAAGUCUCUGUGACAUUUCUGGACACCAUGUUUAUUAUAUUUUCAUCUCCUUAUAUUGAAGAGUGUAAAGAAACAAUUUCUUUCUCAUUUUUAUAAUAUUAAUGGACUCAUUGCUAACUGCUAAUGCUGACCAGGUUGUUGUAAUCCUUACAGAAUGCAGAGACUGGCUAAGUAUAAUUAAGUGAAGAGUUUUAUAAAUCAGUUAUUACAGUAUUAUUUCUUCUCUCUGAGAAUUUUAUUUGAUAGACUGGCCAUUAAAUUUAGUGUUGAGAUUCACCAUAAUUGUAACUUUUUCUGUUUGUUUUUGUUCAGUAUCUAAAAUUUAUCAUUUUAGGUGAUGAAGUGACAAUGCUGAUAUAUGAUAACAGAAUUGCUGGAGGUACACUUGUGCAUCUGUAGACAAUUGAGAUUAAAGAGUAAGUGAUUGUUACAGUAAAUGCAGAAGUCAUCCAAUUUUGGGUUGGAAACCUGUGAAAUAACGUUUUCAUUUUUUUGUUUAUUUUGUCCUCUUAGUCUUACUCUUUCUGUUUGUUUGGGUUUCUUUUAAGAAUUUAAGCAACAUGUUUGUUGUCUUUACAUCAAAAAUUCAUCUGGACAGUAUAUACUGAACUUUACAUAUAACCACCUGGACCUGUUUAAUGUCCAUAGGAUAUUUUAGUGUACUUUUAAUACACUACUUUUCAACCUGACCCCAUGCCUUGGCAUCUACUAUUUAACACUUUAACUCCAGGCAUGACUUAAAGUGGACAACACAUACAGUUGCCACCCUUUAUAUCUGACAUGGCUUCCAUUACACAGUAAAAUAGAAUUUCAUAUGAAACUUAUAAGGUAGGUUGUUGUGCAUCUUUCUUCAACUUAAAUUUCAUUUGUGGUUAUGCUGUGUAUAAAAUCUCACCUCUCUGACACUUAUGAUAUUAUUGUGGGAAAUGUUAGCUUUUUGGUUUUUUUUUCAUUCUCGAGUCUUUUACUGGUUUCCCUCAAAUGACCUCAUCUCAGCUUUGAGGCAUAUUCCUAGCCUUUCACUGACAGAAGAUGCUGUGUCUUUUACUGUACUCAGCAUUCAUUUCUAAAACUCCUCCAUUUUUCUAUCCUGUCUCCAUCUCCAUAACCUAUCCCACAAGUAACAUUCUUGAUAUACAUCCCUCUUCACCUCUCUAGUUGUAGUGCCAUUAUCAUUUGGUUAUCCUAAAUAAUAUAGACUCUGAGGUCUUUCUGCAAACAUUCUAUUGACUGCUUUCCAAUUUUGCAUACAGAUGGGAUAGAUGUUAUUAUUAGUACAGAGUUUUACCAAGACAGAUUACAUUUUUAUUUUGCUGAAAGACAUAAGACUGGAUGAUGAUGGAACGGUUUUGCGGUUAUAGAAACACAGUCCAUGUUUUAUGGCAGGAACUGAUUUUAUGAAUGUCAAAGGAUAUAUGGUGAAUGUUAAAACAUAUUAUAGUCGGGCAUACCUUCAUGAUUCAUUUAUAAAAUGCCCCAGAUAAGCUCACACUCGAGUACAAAACCUUCAGUAUGGAUUUUGUCUUCUGAUUGUUUAGAAAAUGUUUGAUUAUGGAAGUGAGUUUGUUUGAGUAUUUCUGUACUAGUGUCAUAAUUUUGUAUUUGUGUGCAAAUAGCUUUGAUAUCUUGUGGACCAGUCUUCACCGUACUGACUUUCCAAGAGUACAAAAUCCUGUUAUGCCCUCUGUUAAUUUGCAUAUAAUGCAUUUUUUAUGUAAAAAAAUUUAAGUCCUCAUAUUGCAAGAGGAUUGACUGGAAUCCUUAGGAGAAGAGGAGAUUUGGGAGAUCGAAACAGACUUGGAAAAGAACAGUAGAGAGCGAGGCAAAGAACGUCAGAACCGCAUGGGCCCAACUGAGGCAGGCUGCCCAAAACUGGGUCCGCUGGCGAGGUGUUGUUGCAGCCCUAUCCUAGUAACAAGGAAUAAACUAAACUGCAAGAGGAUGGGCAGAUACAAAUUUGAGUCUAUAUUUAAUCACUAAUGGCAGUUAUUUCUUGAUACCAUUUUUGUUUCUGUAAUCAUUAUAGGUCAAGUCUUGUUUGAGACUGACUGAGCAAUUGACAAUCUAUUUUUGACAGCUGUGCAGAUUGAUGAGAUAAAUAGUGUUAUCUUUAAUAUAUCAGUAAAUCUAUGUCAGCAUUAAGAAUAUAUCAGCCCCAUAUCAACUGUACAUUGUUUUCUUUCUAGUUUCUCUUGUUUUUAUGUUUAUUGUUUAUUUACUUGAUAACUGUGUUAUAUGUCUUGCUAGACAUGCCAUACCAAUUCAUUUCUCAUCACUACAUUUCUCAUUAUGUAUAUAUUUGUUCUUCCUGUAGCAGAAAAGAAGUGGGAGAAGAGAGCAAAAGAAUCAGGAUGAGCAUGGAUGUCAAGAAAAUGUUUAUAUCUAAAGUGUAAUCAUUUACAUUUGAUGUUUAUUGACAAUUUGUUUGGACAAAAAGUGUCAGUUGAUUUUGUAUAUAAUCACUAUUGACAGAACUAAAUGACUGCAUUUUAUAGUUUAAGCAAAUUAAUGAGCACGAUCUCUGUGACUUUGACAGUUUUUAUUUUAAUCAUCUUUCUCACAUGUUUGUCAUUGAAGUGCUAUUUAUUUCAACUGGCAGUGCAGCUAGGAGUUUGUUCCAAAGGCAGACAGUAAACAGGUUUUGAUUCAGCCUGUUUAUGUAGCUUUAGAUUACAGAUCCCCCCCAAAAAAUUUGUUGACCUUUCUGGGAUUAAGUGACCUCAUAAGACAAAGAGUGAAAUGGGGUCAACAAAUGAAAACCAUAAUAAUCCCUUUAGUUUUAGUUAGAAAUAUAAUUGACGCCAUUGUUAAUGUUGUCAUAUUUUUUUCUAAAAUGUCACUUCUGGUGAUCAUCAUAACCCUGAAAAAAAAAGCAACACUGCCCAAAUACUUUUUGUGACAUUUUUACUGUUUGUUUCAUUAAGUAUUUUUAUUUCAAGGGCUUUCAUGUAUUUAUGUUACACUAUGUGCAUGUGUUUGGGAAAGGGGUGACAGAAAAUAUUGUAUUUUGUUAUCAUUUGUCUUCUGAGUUGCAUGUCUUUGGAGUUAGAGUUUAUUUUAGAUUUUAACAGGGAUUUUCAGUUUCUUUUUGUUUGUUUGUUGAUACAGCAGACAUCAUAUUCUAAACAACAUAUUCUAAAACAAAUAAUGGAGAAAAAGGAAAUAUUUUAUUCUCUUACGAAAACUUAAGUUUCUGAAUAGUUUGUGAAAAAAAUAAAUGCUUAAAAAUUUUGUAUUAUCCAAGCAUAUUGUUUGCAGAAAGCAUCAUCUUUUUUUCUUUUGUCUCAUGCUACUUUCGCUGACAUCAUCAAUUGUUUAUAGAAGAACAGUGUACCUGAAAUCAUUUUUCUAAAACAAGUGAUCCAUGAUACAGUUUAAGUCUACACUUUUUUAAUCUGUGAUUGUUUGAACUUUAUUAAGUAUAAGGAUCUCAUGUCAAUUUUAUCAUAAUUUUAAGAUAUGACAGAAGUGAGAAGGAUGCUAGAAAUAAACCGGUACAUUCAAUUUUUCAUAUCAUCACAAGAACUCUACAGAACUGCAUUUUAUGUAUCCCAAAUUAAAAGUUAGUGUUUGUUUUUAUUUUGAUUAAAUUUUGUUUUCAGUUUGUCAUUAAUGAUGCCUCUUGCAUCUUUAAUCUUGUGAUGAUAUUUAUAUUUUAAAAUAAAACUAAGCAUAGUUUGUGUAUUCUUUACUGCAAUGUGCAAUGUGUAAAAUGAGAUUGAGCUUUAAUCUAUUGAUGGUAGCAGUCAAAGUUAAAAUGGUCAGACCAGUGGUGUAAAAUAACUGACCUAUUACCUCAUUUUUAUUUUUAUUAUUAAUUCCUGUUUUGCACAAAUUGUAGACAUUUCUGUGCACUUACACAGUAGUUUAUUAAGUAAAUACAGAAAAAGAUCGUAGUCUAAUGGGUGUGGGGUUUGUUUUUGGGUUUUUUGUUUGUUUGGUUUUUUUUUUGGGGGGGGGGUCUUUGCUCUUCUGAAGAAUUACAAGUGGUUCUCUGGAGAAGAAAACUUGUGGACCUGUCGAUGAGAUGGUUCUAGUUAUGCUCAAAUCUCUUUAUUUUUUUCUUUAUUAGUGCACAAAAGUGCUUCUUAAUUUCACACAUUAAAAGGUUUUAGACGUGCUUUUACUGUGGAGAAUCAGAGACUAAAUGUUCAUGCAACCCCAAAUACUACACAGUUAGAUAUUACUUUCUCUUAUGUUUCAUUAACACUUUGCAUUUUUGAAAUUAAACCAAAGCAUAGACUUAGAAAAUAAUAUUUCUUUUAGUUUUAAAUGCAUGAAGGGUGUGGUCUCCUAUUCAAUAAUUCAAUCUGAGAUUGAAGGGGAGGGGUAGUAAGAUGGAGGGAUUUAAAAGUUUACAAGUGAAAUCAAAAUUUAACCUGAAUUUUUUUUUUAAAUAUAAGAGCACUGCAUUUGGUGUUUAUUUCCUAGGUUGUUUUUUUUUAAAUAUAGAAGACUUGCUAUUAUGUACACUUUUCUCUACAUUCAUUGUUAUGAAAAAAGGAUGAUUUGGUAUUUUAUUUUCUUUGAUGGCUGUAUCUUUGAACAUCAAAAUCCAUUAUGAAAACUACAAACCACAAAAUGUGUUUCAAUAAAUGUACUGUCAGAUAUUA